UGUCUGUCUCGUAUAAUUUACCCACUGUACAUUCGAGCAGCGGAGCAGGUACUGCGGGCGCUCCACGCCCACCACCUUCAAGGCUAUUAUCUAUACGUCGACAGGGGGCCCUUCUUUAUUUUGUUUAUACUUACACUCUUCCGGGAUAUGGAGGGGGCUUUAUCCCAAAAAUUAUCCAACGACCGGGUGAUGCAUACGCAAGACGGGCGAGACAAUAACUAAGUAUAGCUCAUCCAUCCAUCUCCGAGAGCUGCGGCUGCUUCUUAUACAUAUUGUUGCUUUUGACUUCGAUGAGAUGUUGCAUGUAUUGUCAUUAUUGUUGUUGUUCAUUCAAAUCUAGUGUUGUACAUAAAAAAAAAAAAAAAUGAAAGAGAGUUCGAAUAUGUAACAACAAUCCCUGCCACUAGAGCUUCAACGGCUAAAUGGCCAAUUGUUGUCAAUUGAUUUUAAUUGCAAUUAAUUGCUGAAAGAAAUUCGUCGCUCCUCAGAAGCACAGUGUCGUUGGCUCAGUUUGGUUUGUUGACUCAAGAAAGAAAGGGAGUGUGUAUUUACAGAGGCUACCGUGUUGUUGUGUCACUGAAUUAUCGGUGUUGCGUGUUGCGCUUGAGGAUACCUGGGCGCUACACCCUGACCUCUGACCUUCAUUACUUGUUCUGCUACUGCGACAAACCAUGAACGUAAUCAAAGCAGCAGUGAGGUGGUGCCGCGAAGGUGGUUAACACGCCUUCGGUUGCUUGAGAUGAUCGAAAGUGUUUCCCGUCGAGGGCUGAGUGGCUCCAGUGGGAGCUACCACGUUCGUGGCGCAGAACUGGCGCGCGACCGGAAACUCAAGACCCUUUCUGCCACUGUCGUCUUUUUAGACGAUACGCAGCAAACGUUUCAGCUUGACAAAAGGGCGAAAGGGCAAGCACUUUUGGAUUUAAUAUUCCAACACCUCGAACUUGUGGAAAAAGAUUAUUUUUCCUUACAGUAUGCGGAAAAUGGAUCUGCCUCGACGACCGAUUCCGAUACAAUGAAAUGGUUGGACCCUACAAAAUUAGUCAAGAAACAGUUGAGGAGCAAAGGUGGUCAGUUUUUUUUUCGAGUAAAAUUUUACGUAUCGGAUCCUAGCAAAUUACAAGAGGAAUACACCAGAUAUCAGUUUUAUCUGCAAAUACGAAAAGAUAUUUUGAACGGAAAACUUCAGUUACCUCACAAUAACGCUUGUAUUCUUGCAAGUUACACCGUUCAGUCCGAACUCGGCGAUUAUCAACCAGAGGAACACGGUCUGGGAUACUUUUCAAGGCUACAAUUGAUUCCGAAUAUCACAGAAGAGAUGGAGCAAAAAAUUUGCGAGCUUCACAAGCUACACAAAGGUCAAUUACCAGCUGAUGCUGAAUUUCACUUUCUUGAUCAUGCCAAACGUCUCGAUAUGUACGGAGUGGAGUUACAUAAGGCAAGGGAUUCGGCAAAUAAAGAAAUUCAAUUGGGAGUAACGUCAAUAGGACUAGUGGUAUUCCACAACAAUAUUAGGAUAAACGUGUUCUCGUGGUCAAAGAUUGUCAAGAUCUCAUUCAAACGUAAACAAUUUUUCAUACAGCUGAGGAGAGAACAGUCGGAAAAUUACGAUACUUUGCUAGGUUUCAACAUGACGUCAUAUCGCAGUUCGAAAAACUUAUGGAAAUCUUGCGUGGAACAUCACACCUUCUUCAGAUUACAUAGUCCAAAAAUGCGGCCGCGUCGCUUUCAGCUUGGACUCAGCAGCCGAUUUACGUACUCGGGUCGCACAGAGUUUCAAACUGUCGAAGAUGGAAAGCAUCGAGCACGCGUCGAGAGGACUUUCAUCAGAUCACCUAGUAAAAAACUCAUUCACGGUAUCUUGCCUAUAUCCGAUGAAAAGGGCAAAGUAUCAAGUUCCAGCAGGUCAGCCAGGUCACAUGAUAACAAAGUACAAUCACUUGGUUCACGAGAACCGCGUGAAGCGUGGGGGGAAGGAAAUCAUAGCGAUGACGAAGGAGGUUUUCUAUCAGUCAGAGAAGAAGUGUCGGGGACACACGCUACGCAAAAUAGUGGCGGUGCUUUUUCGCCGAUGCUGGGUUCCAGGGUAUUGAGUUACGUAGACGACGAUACGGCAACACUCGAUAGGAACAUUUACGAUAUUCCAGAUUACGACGAACGUACCGGAACCUCGGCACCACAAGCACUGGAAGAAGGUUUGGUAAUCAUAAGAAUCACACCGGAUGAGCAGGGUCGCUUUGGAUUCAACGUAAAAGGAGGUUUAGACCUCGACAUGCCAAUAUUAGUAUCACGGGUAGCACCAAAUACACCAGCCGAUCGUUGUUAUCCAAAAUUGAAUGAGGGAGAUCAAGUAGUUUACAUAAAUGGUUUGGACGUAAACGGAAUGCUUCAUGAACAUGUCGUUAAUUUGAUACGGCAGUCGAGAGAUUCCGGCAUUGGUGAACUCACAUUGACCGUGAGACCGAAUGCCCUAUACAAUGCAUUGAUAGGUUCGGAAGAACCGUUGGAAGAGGAGCCACCAUAUAGAUACGUGCCAGACUCCCCACAUGUCGCUAUUGGUUCGGAUGCACUAACGCAGUCGAUGUUACUACUCGCAGACGGUUUGGCCAGCGGAGCUCUGAUCACUCAGUAUGAACAGCUGUACAGAAAAAAUCCCGAUUUAUUUUCCAUGGAGUCGAAAAAACCAGAAAAUCAAAAUAAAAACCGUUAUAAAGAUAUAUCACCAUAUGACGUAACGAGGGUAGUACUGAUGGGUUCCGGAAGCAGUGAUUACAUAAACGCAAACUAUGUAAACAUGGAAAUUCCAGGCUCUGGCAUCAUAAACCACUACAUCGCUACGCAGGGUCCACUAUCGACCACGGUUUCAGAUUUCUGGCAAAUGGUAUUGGAAGCCGGCAGUACACUUGUAGUUAUGCUGACGACAUUGGUUGAACGAGGUCGUCCCAAAUGCCAUCAGUACUGGCCGUCACUGAAGGAAACGCUCGCGCUAAGGAAUUUAUCAUUGACGUGCACUUCCGAGACUGUCGAGGAAACAUUUGUCUUUCGGGAGUUUGUUCUUACUGAUACCAACACGGGAGAAGAGCGGGAUAUAACGCACAUGCAGUAUUGCGCCUGGCCUGAUCACGGUGUACCGAAUGAUUGGCGCCAGUUCACUACGUUCACCGAACGAGUGCGGGCAGCACGUGCAGGUAUUGUGGAGCCUGCUGUCGUGCACUGUUCCGCGGGUAUUGGACGCACCGGUGUACUAGUACUCAUGGAAACUGCGUUAUGCCUUAUAGAGGCUAAUCAGCCUGUUUAUCCGUUGGAUAUUGUCCGCUCAAUGAGGGAUCAGCGAGCAAUGAUGAUACAAAAUGCUAGUCAAUACAAAUUUGUCUGUGAAUCAGUUCAUAAAGCCUACACCGAGGGCAUAGUCACGCCCCUUCCUGAAUUCAACAGAUGAGAUUGAUCAUAUUAACUGUACAACCUUACACAUCAGCAUCAUGCCACAACUAUCAUUCAUCUUCUUCAAUGAACCGAGAGAAGAAAACCUUACUCAUUAAUAGAGCAGCUCCAUAAUGUAGAUUGUUCACCUCCCGACAAUAAUAUUUAUUACAUCUGGUAGAAAUAUAACAUAUGUUUAUCAUAUUUAUUAUAAAAGAUUCUAGAAUUUUAGAUAUUGCGAGUAGCCUUAGAUAAAUGAAUGUCUUAAACGCGUGAUAUAUUGUUAAAAGAGACCCUUAAGUAUGAUAUAGCGAGAAGAGUAAAAACUGAAAUAUUGAUUACUGAUUAAUUAAUUUAAAUCAUAGUUAGAUUUUUAAUAUACGUAGUCUGUUAAUAAUCAAGUCCUUUAACAUUAAAUGUAAAAAAUAUAUUAUCACACACUUAGUUCAUAAGAGUGAUAAUAUUUUUUUUCCAUAAGUCAUGCGACAUUUUUAUCUUUUAGAAGAUAAAGGAGAAAAUUAGAUUAUGUUUUUGACCAGAUCUCUUGGCUGUAAGUGUCAUAUAUGUAAUGCGUGAUAAGAACAAAAAGUUGUAUAUAAGAGGAUAUGGUAUUUUCGUAAAAAUUUAUUCGAGUUGGAUCGUGUAAACAUAUAACGCCCACUGCCAAUUCCAAUUAUCAUUCUGCAUCCAGUAGAAAAAAGUAAUCAACUAAAGUUGAUUCCUCGAGGCAGCCGAGGCAAUAUUAAUUAUGUAGUAUAGUACCCUAUGCGUGAUUUAACAUAGCAUUUAUUAAUUGAUUCAAAAAUUAAUUUUUACAGCAGGAAUCGUUGUUGUCCCAAGUCAAUUUUUACAAGUAUUCAACAUUAAUUAUUUUAUUUAAUGUUUAGGUAUUCAGUUAAUUAAAUAGCCAAUUUGAUCAAGUGGCUACAUGAAAUACUGAUUUUUUAGAAAUUGUACUAAUUUUUUUCGUGAUUGCAUGCAUAAACGAAAUUAUAUUUUUAUAAAGAUCAUUUAAUUUCUAAACAUAUUAUUCUGCAUGUCGUCAAAAAUUCUAGUUAUUCGAAUUUUAAACUUUACCAUUUUGAUACACCGCAUGUCGAUCAUAUUAAUUUAUUCAAGUAAAAUGUUGCUGGUGAUAGAGGCAGGAAUUUCUCAAUAAAACACAGCUUACUAUUGAUAAAGUGACUGUUAGGUGUGUUUUAUUUAUAUUUUUUUCUCUCUACUUAUUUGUUAAUUUAUUUAAUUAUAUGCUACACGGAGAUAACUCCAUUUACAAAUACAAAAUAUUUAUAAAAUAAAAUUGACAAAAAUAACAAGUAUAAUUAUUUUAGUCUAAA